AGUGCGAUGGGGAAAGCCCCUGUGGCCGUUGUACACUGGACAAGACCGGCUGUAACUAUGGAGAGAGGAAAUCGGGCCGUGAAAAAGUGUAUCCUAGCGGGUGAGUGUGUAUCAGAUUGAAGGAUGUUGUCUUGUGUUGUCUGUGACCUCCGUAGCUAACGAGCCUUUCGCAAUACAGAUAUGCCGAGAUGCUAGAAGAACAGCAAAAAUGGCUAGUAUAUGCACUACAGAAACUAUAUCGACAUAUAGAACAAGGUGAAGGAUGGCCUGGAGCACCUUUACGAUGCGAAGAUCAUGGCCAUCCGCUAACCCACGACAUACUCUGCCAUUUGGGAGUGCUUGGACAGCCAGAACAUCGUCCGUUAGAAAAUGAGAUGGAUAAUGCACAGAAUACAGAGUACAGGGCAAGUCCGGAAUCAAUCGUUACUACGUCUGAGACCACGCAAACGAUACGUUUUCCAUCUAUCAUAUCGGAAGAUUUUGUUGGACAGGAUUCACUUGCACUGCCAACUGCAAGUUUGCCAGAACAAAUCCCAAACUUCAAAACCGAAUCAUCAGUGCCGCAAACGCCAGCCGGGUUAUUUACGCCCCAUAUAUCUAUGGCAGACGGGGGAAAUAUUAUGCCAUCGCAGGCAUCACAGCAUUGGCUAGAUAAUCCUUUUGACUUCAGUAGUACUGAUUUCCUAUUGGGUUACGACUACAUGACUACGUCAUUUGAGGAUGCGUUUGCGCCAAGCGUGCCCAAUAUCUAUGGGUUAUGAUUAUGUAUAUUUAGCUAGGUUACGGAGCGCACUUGAUAUAUUUCCACCAAAUCACUUUACUUUGACUAAUCGCAGACCAAGGUUUAUAUUUGUUCAGGCUUUGUGCUAUUAUGUUUGACCCCGGUCAUGAAUGAACAUAUGUUUUACAAUAAAAUAGGCCUUGAUGUGGGCUAUCGCCUUUUUCCACUUGUAGUUAUCCGUGUUUCAAUUUUAGAUCUCUGUUCGAACAUAGUGACGCAGCAGCGACAAACU